AGGAACAAACAGUGGAAUACGCAACUCGUGAUCCUCGCGGCCACGACCGCCGACACGAACAUCUCAACAAACAAUAAUAUAACGACGAAAGCAAGAAACUGGAGCUUCGAUGAGAGUGAUGUAUAUGUUCAACUCCACAGCAGGUAGUAGUACAAUAAUAACACGACACUUGAAUGUUUCCUGACGAGUGACGACUAGGAGACAGCAGGAGAGGAGAGAGGAGGAAAAGUCAGUGAAGAAUCCUCCCCCGCAGGCCGCAGCUCAUUGCUGGCCGCAGGGCGGCUGCCAAAGCAACUCCUCGGAACCCCGAGAGCUUAGCUAGGGAUCCCAGCUCCGGGCUCCGGCAGGUGUCUUUUGCCGGAGAUGGACACGGAGAGCGGAGAAGCACCCCUCCUUCAGGUAUCAUCAUCAAACAGCCAGUACAAACCCUUCAACUGGAAGGCUCCGGCUAUUAUUCUGGCAUUUGAAUUCUUGGAGAGCAUUGCCUACUCUGGUAUCGCCCUCAAUUUGGUCGUAUAUCUUGGAAAAGUUCUCCAUGGAACUACUGCUUCAAGUGCCGCAAAUGUCGAUACAUGGAAUGGCACCACGUUUCUUACUCCGGUUCUUGGAGCCUUUCUGGCUGAUACAUACUGGGGAAAGUAUAAGACAGUUGCUAUCUCUAUAAUAUUCUAUCUUACCGGGUUGCUCAUCAUUACUGCGUCAGCGCUCAUUCCAUCAUUACGACCUGCCUCAUGUGAAGGAACUUCUUGCCCUCCCGCCACAGGGUUUCAGUAUUUUGUCUUCUUUGCUUCCCUCUACCUUGUUUCAGUUGGGACUGGAGGGGUUAAAUCAGCUUUACUCCCCUUCGGAGCUGAUCAAUAUGAUGAUUCAAACAUCGAACAGAGUAAAAAGAAGCAAGCUUUCUUUAGUUUGUUUUUUAUUGCCAUCAACCUUGGAGUCUUCAUCUCUGGCACCGUUGUUGUAUGGAUACAGCAAAAUGUUGCUUGGUCUCUUGGAUUUGGCAUCUCAUCAAUAUGCCUCAUUGUCGCCACAAUUGCCUUCUUGGUAGGAACACCAAUCUACAGGGUUCAACUUCCUACCGGGAGCCCACUGAAAAGUCUUAUAGCGGUGUUUGUUGCAUCAUUUAAGAAGAGAAAAGUAGAGGUUCCUGGUGAUACCACAAUAUUGUUUGAAGGGGAUGAUGCUGAUUUAAGCAAUCCAGGGCCAAACAAAUUAGCACAUACUGAUGGAUUCAGGUGCUUAGAUAAGGCUGCUGUAGUCUUAGGGGACCAAGAGAUAAAGGAUAGCAAUUCGGGGCGUCCAUGGCUACUAUGUACUGUAACUCAGGUGGAGGAAGUGAAGAUUCUUCUUCGAAUGCUGCCAAUAUGGGUCACCAGUGUGUUUUAUGCAGCUUCAAUGUGCCAAACGGCUACCACUUUCGUCCAACAGGGGAACGCCCUGAACACCAAGAUUGGAUCCUUCUCUGUCCCGGCUGCUUCUCUGAACUCAGCUGCAGUGGUCUUUAUGAUGAUCUGGGUUGUGUUCCAGGACAGCAUUGUGAUCCCAAUAGCCAGAAGAUACACCGGAAACGCUGCAGGUCUUACACAGCUGCAGCGGAUGGGCGUCGGCCGGUUUCUAGCAAUUCCAGCUUUGGCUGUGGCUGCACUGCUUGAAAUGUCGAGAUUGCGCAGCGUCAGGGCUGGCCACAAUUUAAGCAUAGUGUGGCAGCUCCCCCAGUUUGUGAUUCUUUCCUGCUCUGAUGUGUUCUGUGGCAUAGCCCAGCUGGAGUUCUUCUACUCGGAGGCCCCCGUGUCGAUGCGGAGCUUGUGCUCAGCAUUCUCAUUCCUUGCGAUGUCGCUUGGUUACUACUUGAACUCGAUGAUCAUCUCGGCCAUCGCUGUUCUAUCGAAGAGCAAGGGCGGGCAGGGCUGGCUUCCAGCUGACCUGAAUGACGGCCACCUUGACUAUUACUUUUGGCUGUGGACGGGGAUCAGCGCGGUGAAUUUUGUUGUGUACACAGGAUUCGCGAAGAAUUACACAAUGCGGCCGCCCUCUGCUUCUCAGGAGAUGGCCAUGCUCGAGUCCGGCGACCGAUCGUCGUCACCAUCCUCGACGCCGGCGACGACGAGGAAACGCCCGCGCCGCUUCACCUGGACAGGCCCCGCCAUUGUUCUAGGCUUCGAGCUGCUGGAGAGCAUCGCCUUCUCCGGCGUGGCGCUGAAUCUGGUGGUUUACCUGGGCACGGUGCUCCACGGCACCACCGCCUUCAACGCCGCCCAUGUCGACACCUGGAACGGCACCACCUUCAUCGUCCCCGUCAUCGGCGCCUUCCUCGCCGACAGCUGGUGGGGCAAGUACAACACCAUCCUCGCAUCCAUCGUCUUCUACCUCGCCGGCCUGGUGCUCCUGACUCUGUCCGCGGGCAUCGCGCCGUUCAAGCCGGCAUCGUGCACGGCGGCCCUGCAGGCGGGGGUCUCCUCCACGUGCCCGCCGGCGACGAAGACCCAAUUCACGGCCUUCUUCGUGGCGCUGUACCUGACGUCCAUCGGGACGGGGGGAGUGAAGUCGGCGCUGCUGCCGUUCGGGGCGGAGCAGUACGACGGGUGCGAGGGGAGCAGCCUGGAGCGGAAGCAGUCCUUCUUCACCUGGUUCUUCGGCGCCAUCAACCUGGGCAUCUUUGUGGCCGGCACGCUCGUCUCCUGGGUGCAGCAGAACGUCUCCUGGGCGCUGGGGUUCGGGGUCUCCGCGCUCUGCCUGCUCCUGGCCGCCGCGGGCUUCCUGGCCGGCACGCCCUGGUACAGCCGCGCGCCGCUCCCGGCGGGAAGCAGCCCGCUCAGGGACAUCCUCCGGGUGCUCGUCGCCUCCUUCCGGAAGAGGAACCACCGUGUUUCCGGUGAGCUGCACGAGGGGGUACUACGACUUGAGGAUGAAGAUCAGAAGCUGGAGCACACCAAAGGAUUAAGGUGGCUGGACAAGGCGGCGGUGAAGAAGAACAACGGCGGCGAAGGGGGGGAAGAAGAAGGCGCGUGGGACCUGUGCACGGUGAGCGAGGUGGAAGGGGUGAAGAUCCUGGCGAGGAUGGCGCCCAUCUGGGUGACCUGCGUGCUGUACGCGGCGGCGCUGGGCCAGAUGACCACCACAUUCAUCCAGCAAGGGAUGGCCAUGGACAACAGGCUCCGGCUUUCGUCCUCAGGAGAGGGGAAGUCGAUCAAGGUGCCCGUGGCGUCCAUGGUGUCCGUGGAGGUGGCCUUCAUGCUGCUCUGGGUGCUCCUCCACGACUUCGCCGUCAUGCCGCUCGCCCGGAGAUUCCGCCGCCGCCGCGGGAGCGGGACCGGAAACACCGUGGGCCUGACGCAGCUGCAGCGGAUGGGGGUGGGGAGGUUCCUGGUGGUGUUCGCCAUGGCGGCGGCGGCGCUGGUGGAGAGGCGCCGGCUGCGGCAAUUCUCCGGCAGCGGGGAGAAGAUGGGGAUCGCGUGGCAGGUGCCGCAGUUCGUGCUGAUCGCGGGGUCGGACGUCUUCUGCGGGAUCGCGCAGCUGGAGUUCUUCUACGGGGAAGCCCCGGCGUCUAUGCGCAGCAUCUGCUCCGCGCUCUCCUUCCUCGCGCUCUCCCUGGGGUUCUACGUCAAUUCCGCCGUCGUCAUGGCCGUGGCCAGGAUCGCGCCCGGGUGGCUCGCGCCGGACCUCGACAGGGGACACCUCGACUACUACUUCUGGCUCUGGACCGUCAUCGCCGCCGCCAAUUUGAUGCUCUACAUGCUGCUCGCGGCACGGUACAAGCCCAAGCAAGUGUCGCCAACGGCCACGCACAACUGAUUUGAUUUGACUUGCAAAAGUAGUCCCUGCGUGCCAUGGCACUUGGGUGUGCACGUCGACAUUGCUCUUGGAUAGUGUGGAGUACUUGUGUUUGUACAUGUUGAUGAUCGGGUUGAUAAUUAGCUGAGGAACGUGUGAGCCAGGUUUCAUUAACAGUUUUUUUUUUUGAGCGAAAA